UGCGCAUGUGCCAAAUGUAUUUCCGGCGUAAAUCCGACAUCUAGAAUCAACUUUUUAAACAAUUUUCGCAUUUUAUGUAGAAACAUGGCAAACAUAGCGCAGGCCAGAAUUCAGAGAGAGUUUAAAGAAGUUGUUAAAAGUGAAGAGGUUGCUAAGUGUCAUAUUAAAGUUGACUUGGUAAAUGACAACUUUAGUGAACUUCGAGGUGAGAUAAUUGGUCCACCAGAUACACCAUAUGCAGAUGGAAUAUUUGUUCUGCAAAUCAACAUACCAGAAACAUACCCAUUUAAUCCACCAAAGGUAAAAUUUGUUACAAAAAUUUGGCAUCCAAAUAUCAGUAGUGUGACAGGAGCUAUUUGCCUAGAUAUUCUCAAAGACCAGUGGGCGGCUGCUAUGACAUUAAGAACUGUGUUAUUAUCGUUACAAGCCUUGUUAGCGGCAGCAGAACCAGACGACCCGCAAGAUGCAGUCGUAGCCAAACAGUACAAAGAAAAUUAUGCUAUAUUUUCUCAAACUGCCAGACAUUGGACAAACAUAUAUGCUAAAGGCAAAGUAAAAGAAGUAGAACUAGAAGAAAAAGUAAGUCACCUAAAAGCAAUGGGAUUUGAUGAGCAUAAAGCAAGAGUGGCACUAUCUUCGACAAACUGGGAUUUGGAAAAAGCUACAGAUACUCUAAUUAGUUCUUAACCCUGUGAUAAACAUAGUCUUCAAAUUGUAUAAUUGUGGAAUGAGUCCUGGUCUUGUGCUUCUCCGAUACUCCGGCUGUCCCAGAGUCGGCUGAUAGUGAUUUACACGAGUGAUUGAAAUUUACACACAUUUUAUAUAUAGGAGUACAUAAAUAGAAGCCCAAGUGAUCAAGGAUGACAGUGGUCAUUGACACUCAUCAGCAUAAAAAAUAAAACUGCUAAAGCAGGCUGUCAAGUUUAAUGAUUUUAUGCCCCUCUUUUAAGAAUUGGGGGUAUAGUGUUUUGCUCAUUCUCGGUAGACUGCUUGGUUUCAGAUAAGUUACUAGAGAACGCUUUGUCUCACAAUGGUCAAACUUCAUGGGAUGAUUGCCUGUGCUCAGUAGAUGACUUCUUUCAUUUUAGGGGUCAGAAGUCUCGCUGACCUUGAGACUAAAAUGGUUCCUGCUAAUUAAUUUAAAAAAAGCUUUGGCUUACAGUUGUCAAACUUCUUAGGAUGCUUGCUUGUGGUUAGUAGAUGACCUAUAUUGACACUGAAAUGACCCUUUUUGUGUUUCGGGUCAAAGGGCAAGGUCAUAGUGACUGCAGGACUGAACAUAUGACAGGCCAUCAUGUAGGGGGGCGUAACAGCUCUUGUUUAAUGAAACAUUUAUUUGAUGAAAAAGCUCCUAGAAUGUUCUGUUAAACCAAAGAAUUAAUAAAUGCAUUGAAUUGAAAUUAGCUGAUUUCACAAUUUAGCAGGUGACAACUGACACAGAUUACUCCAGUGUAUUUGGGUGCUUAUUAAACAAAGAAAGUAAUUUGGGAACUAAGAAGGGUGGGCAUAUAUUUCAAAGAAGUUAAAAAAUACGUAAUCAUAGGUUUAAGUGAUUGUUAACACUGUGUUCACUUAACAGUUGAAUCAGUAUUUAUGAUAAUAUUGUUUUGUCUGAAAAUUGUACAGAAAUAAAAUUAACACAAAAUAAUUGGAACCGAUUCUGUUUUUGAAUCACCAAUGCAAAUUUAUAUUCCUUAAUUUCACAUUGAAAUCAAAAUUAAAACCUGACAUAAAAUUUACUGUUUUAAAGACAUUUUAGUUAGACUUCAGAGGAGAGCUUUUUCAAAUUCAUUUAAUGUGUGCUAAUCCAAUAAUAUCCUCUUUUUUUCAUCAGUUAAAAUUACUGGUCACCUUGAUAACCUCUCACCCACUGCCACAAGACUAAAUGACUAAAUGUAAUGUUUCAGAUACUAUUAUUUGUAUUUAUUAAUUCUUUGGUUGAAUAUAUGAAAUGAUUGUAUUGUUUGAUUUGUUAACAUGUUUCCUUGAAGUCACCGUAUGAUGGCAGGCUUUCCCUCAUUUUAGUAUUACAUGCUGGUUAUUUUGAAUCGAGGGGAAUUCUGAGUGAUACAGUAGUGAUUUUGUUCCACUAGGUGUAGGGCAGAAAGAGAAGAAUCGUGUGUAUUUUCACAAUGAGAAAACCAACAUAGUGCAUCUGAGCAGUCUGGUCAGGAUUCAUGCUGUUCGCUUUCAAAGCCUAUUGCAGUUAGAGAAACCGUUCAAAGCCUAUUGCAGUUAGAGAAACCGUUCAAAGCCUAUUGCAGGUAGAGAAACCGUUCAAAGCCUGUUGCAGUUAGAGAAACCAUUAGUGAACAGCAUGGAUCCUGACCAGACUGGGCAGAUGCACAGACUGGUCUGGAUCCAUGCUGGUCACAAAUGCACUAUGUUGGUUUUCUCAUGGUGCGGCUCAUGUGUGUUUUCACAAUGUUUAACAUUAUAGGUAUCGUGAAAGAAAAUUUGUGAUUCAUUGAUUCAUGAGAAAGUGCUACCAGUCAUAAAAAUGACAGUUUGAAUAUAUUUAUAUCCUUGACAUGUUUUCAUCCUUAAUGUCUGUUUUCUCUAGGACCUUUGACUAUAUCACAUCAUAAAUUCUUUGUUGGGAGGCAGGUUUUUGUUCUAACGUCCCACUUGUCUAUUAUAUUGUUUGGCUAGAUUUGUUAAUCUAAACUUUGGGUUGAGUUUCAUCAAACUUGGUUGUAUUGUAAUAUUAAUGCAAAACGUAUGUUCAGUGAACGAUUGGGGUGUUUUGGAAAUAAAUGCUGCCAUUUGAAUAUUUCAUGAGUAAAAUAAUGGUUAACAAGCCCAUUGAAAAAUCUCUUUUGUAUUGAACUUAAUUUUAUACAUGGGUCUAAAACAGAACAUUGAGAUUGUAGCAGAGAACUGACAUCCCAAAACUUUCCAUUUGAAUAAAAUAUGUAAAUUGACUAAAACUUGCCUUUCCAACAAUGCCUUUUGUAGCACUGAAUGUUUUUUUUUUCAAAUUAUAAUGUUGCUGGAAAUUUUCUCUCACUUCAAAUCUUUUAUAUAUACUUUCAUGUACAGUUAUGAUUGUAAUCAUUUUACAGUUGAAUAAAUUUGAUGAUAUUCUUUUA